CCACACAGAGGCAGCCUCUUUGUUAGGCAAAUGACUCACGCCUCAUGCCCCGAGGAACAAGAACAGAGAUGAAGAUUCCCAUCUUUAAACAUUCAGGGGAAAAUAAAACUAGGAGGGCAGGUGUUGUUCAGGGAGAGCCCUAGUACUUUGAAACCUGACGCUGCUCAGGAAAUGUUGGAAAGCAAAUCUCCUGUACCAUUGCUGGACUCUGACACCUAGUGCCGCUAGGGCGCCUUACAAAUAUACAUACUUCCAUUCCUUUUAUGACAUAAUCUCCUGACUUGACGAGUACAUCUGUCAGCGCACAGGACUUUCUACCUGCCUUCUCCCACAGGUACACAGAUGGUCUAGGAGCGAGAGAGCUGCAACGUUCUCCUUGUAGAUCCAAGAGGAACAAGAUGGAACGAGCCGUGGCAUUCCUCCCUCCAGAAAAAACACAAAACUAUUACUUCUUGAAAGCACUGUGAUAGAGCUCAGUCAACUGACACAGGCAUUCGAUUUUUUUAUGGAUGAGCCUUUCUUACCGUCCAAGGUACAGGACUGAUAACAAAUGAAGAUGGAGUUACCCAACAAGAAAAAGAAAAUUCUCCUCUUAGGAUGUAUCUUUGUGUCAACUGCAGUGUUCUAUAUCCUGUACAGACUGCAGCUUCAUUUACAGUUUUUAAACUUUGCUGCUAAUCUGCCUAUAUCUUUAAUCUGUCCUGAAAAAGACAACAAGCCUGUGGAGUCAAAACACGAUCAGCAAGAUACAAGUACUGACGAAAUUGUUCAAAAGUGCAAAGAUUCUGGAAUAUGGACCGUUAAACCUGAUGGUAGGUUAGGUAACCAUAUGGGGGAAUAUGCUACCUUGUAUGCCUUGGCCAGAGCGAACAAACGCCAAGCCUUCAUCCUUACAGAUAUGCAUAACUAUUUAGCUCCUAUAUUUAAGAUCACCCUGCCAGUGUUGCAUAAUAACGUUGCUUUUCGUGUUCCAUUUCAAGAAUACUGGAUACAUGACUGGAUGUCUGAAGAAUAUAAUCACAUUGAAAGUAGUUUUAUCAAAUUUACAGGGUACCCUUGCUCUUGGACAUUUUUUCACCACCUUCGGGAUGAAAUCCGAAGGGAAUUUACAGUACAUGACUAUCUUAAAAGUGAAGCCAACCAUGUCCUGGAGACGAUAAAAGGCUCCAGAAAAAACGCAACCUACAUUGGAGUUCACGUCCGAAGAGGUGACUAUGUGAGUGUCAUGCCAAAUGUUUGGAAGGGUGUGAUUGCAGACAAAGGUUAUCUGGAUAAAGCCAUGAAUUAUUUCCGUAACAAAUAUAAAGAACCUAUUUUUGUGGUGACCAGCAAUGGUAUGGAUUGGUGUAAAGAAAACAUUGACAGUUCCAGAGGAGAUGUCCACUUCUCUGGCGAUGGUAAUGAAUCAACUCCUGGCAAGGAUUUUGCACUUCUGGUUAGUUGUAACCAUACAAUUAUGACAAUUGGGACCUUUGGUUUCUGGGCAAGUUAUUUAGUAGGAGGAGAAACAAUAUACCUCACAAACUUCACGUUACCAGAGUCAGAAUUCUUAAAACUCUUCCAUUAUGAUGCAGCAUUCCUCCCCGAAUGGAAGGGGAUACCUGCAGAUUUAUCACCUCUUAUGCACUGAUACAAAUUCUGAAAUAGCCAAAGCUGCCUGUGCCUCACACACUCAGACAUUCAAACAAACACAAGUACAGACUGCCAUACUGUCUCUCAGAGGGAAAAGACAUAGGGAUAUAUUUACAAAAAGUGGAGCGAAAUUGAUGAUUCUUUGUUUUCUUUCAGAAAGUCAAAUGGAAACGGUAGCUAAGGACAUUUCAACUUUGGCCGCUGUUUUCUUCUUUCAGUACAUGAAGUUGGCUUUUAGUAGACAUUUAAAUCCUGCUGAUUCUUUUUAGAUGUGAAUAUUUUGUACUUUACUAUUUAUUUUUGUGGAUUCUGCAGGGGUGUUUUUGCCCUCCGUCGUGAACAUUCCAAGGCAUUCCCAGUUUACUUUAAAGCUGACAGUCACUGCUUUUUAUAAGUAAUGGCUGUAGGAGGUAGCAAACUUUGAUACAUUUUAUAUAGGCUGCCUCAUACAGCUACAGUAGAAGUUUGUGUACAUUUAAUUUUAUUAUGAUUGAAGUUCACUUUAAUUAAUUUCAUUGAUUACAUUUAAUGCAAAUGGUGCAGUAGUUGUCACUUUGAAACCUAUGGUGAAUGCAUUCAUUAAGUUGGACAGAUAGGUUGAGCACUGAAUGGAACUUCUAUCGGUACUUCUAUACUGUUACUGGUGAAGUGUCUUUGGAAUUGGAAGCUUAUUCAAUAAAGUGGUUGAAGGAAUAACCCACUAAAACAAACCACUAGAUUAGUUCUGGUAGGUUUCUGUGGGUAGCUAUAUUUUGCACACUAUUUGGUUCCUUGCCUAUAUGUAAUGUAGUUCAGUAGUUGACUGGAGAACAAUGGAAGAACAGGUUUCCUCACUGUGCUGUACCUUACCAACCACCGCAACAAAAGCUAUGUGGAUUUGUGGUCUACUGUCAAAGUGUGGAGGAACAUAACAUUGCUGCCUUUAGAGUUGUGCCACCAGAGACAACUACCCAUCCCCCCCCCUCUUUUCUUUGCACACAUUAUGGAAGGAACCACCCUGCCUUUCCGUUAGUUUAUGCACAUUAUUACAGGCUAUAGCACAUGAUUAUAUACAUUGUGCUUAAGGGCAUGGGGUGGUAAUAAUUUGUUCUCCUGGCACUGAGCAUGAAGCACUGAAAUAUUUCCUGGCUUGUAGGGGGCAAUGGUGGCUAAGCAAUCCCCCCCCAAGGAAGAUUAUUGGUAUAUCACAGACUAUUUAUAUAUGACUGUUUUAACUAAAGUGUGCCUUAUUUAUAGUAUUAUGCAAAUGAUUGUUCAGCUAAGUGAGAAUAAGUUGGAAAUAAUUACCAAAACAGUUGUAUAUUUGUCAUAUCUGAUAUAGAAAUUAUAUUUGUUUUAAUGUACUGAGCAAAUUUGUAGUUGUAUGACUAAAACCAUAGAAAGCUGGGGCUGGUAUAUUGGAACCAACCAUUCAGUUCAUACUGUAUGUUUAAUAUUGCCAGGGCAUGUUUGAGAAUAAAUGAUGAAAGCUCAGUGGUUAG